GUCGUGCUCUCGAAGGCGCCUUGUUACAUGCUGGAGGGUUUGGUGGGUGGCCGAACGCAAAAUAACAACAGUUAAGUUUAAAUCCAAGUUUAAUUGCCGUUUUUGUGUUGUUUUUUUCCCCCGUUUGCAUUGGGGUGUUUCGCGUUAUCUACUAAAAUGGCUCCUCUGAGCUUCAUGGCAGCUGGUAUCAACAUUUUGACAAAAUCGUUUGGUCUGUUUUCAAGUGCAUCUCUUGCAAGGUGUUCAUGUGCAAUUACAGCAGCUAAACCUUUUAGCACAGCUGCUGGGGGCCCUCCAAAAAGGCCACUUACAGGUUACAUGCGGUUUGUGAAAGAGCAGCAGCCGCAAGUCACCAGACAGUAUCCAGAUGCCAAAGCUGUUGAAGUUAUCCGAAAGGUUGCUGAGCGAUGGAGGGGGCUUACGCUUAUACAGAAACAACCCUUUGAGCAGGCAGCUCUGGUUGACAGGAACCAGUACAAGGUGACUAUGCAGCGUUUCCAGGCCCAGCUGACGCCCGAACAGUCUGCAGUCCUUGUAGAGGAGAAGAGACAAAAAAGGGCCAAAAGAAAGAACAUCAAGAAGAAGAGGGAGCUGACUAGCCUGGGCAAACCCAAGCGUCCUCGAAUAGCCUUCAACAUUUUCAUGUCUGAGCAUUUUGAAGAGGCACGGGGAGAUACAAUGCCGGCCAAGAUGAAAUCGCUGCUGGAAGACUGGAAAAACCUUUACAUGACACAGAAGCAGGUGUACGUGCAGCUUGCCGAGGACGACAAAGUGCGCUACAAGACCGAGAUGAAGACGUGGGAGGAUCACAUGGUGGAGAUUGGCAGGCAGGACCUGAUCAGGAGGAAGGAAAAGACGGCCAGAAAGACCACCAAGGCGGGCAAGAAGAAGCCCGUGUCCAAAGUUAAGAAGCUAAAAACUGUCGCCAAAAAGCCACUGGCGGCGGCAAAGAAGACGACGACGACAACAACAACCAAAACAACAGGGAGAAACACACGGAAGGCGUGAACUUGGGUGUCCGUAUAAAACCCCAGAAUGUGUUAACUGGCCUCCGUCCUGAGUAAAACUGACAUUAGUCGCAGGAAAGGGAGUUCUUGUCCCGUCAUUAGUGUUAUAUGUGCAUAGUGUUCAAAGGCAUGAAGCUACUCAACUGUGAAAUAAAACCCCCAAGGCUACAGGCCUUUAAGUUCACACAUGAAGCUGUGUGAGUCUGAUUGACACAUUUGACUCAUUUAUGUUCAUUUCUGGCUUUAACGGUUGGCAACAUGUUUUGUGUGUUAUAAAAGAGAUUCGCUUUUCAUUGAAUAUGCAGACUUGGACACUUGAUUUUGCUGGUGAUACUCACAUGAUUUGUUUGUUUUUGAUUUCUGUGGCUAUGUUAACCAGUUGUCAAAUGUAAACCCUGGCUAUAGAAGGAACUAGACACUGUAAUUGACCUGGUUAUUUAUAACAGACUCCAGAAACAAAAACAUGACAACAAAAGCACUUAACACCAGCUGAAUCCAAAGUGAGGAGACCUGGAUUCGUUCAGGAAGCUAAGUUUAGACUGAGUAACGACCCCAUGUAGUUCAACAUAUGUAACUGAAUGUUAUCACUUAUCAUGUUUUACAGUCAGUAGAACCAUGUUUUUGUAUUCUACAUCUUUAUUCAAUAAACAUACGUUUUCUAAAUAAAAAAA